GGUGGUAACUGAUGGUAACACUGAAAAAUAAGUACAAAGUUGCAAAAAUGUCUGUGUUGGUCGUUGCUUUGUGAAAUUUUUAUUUAUAUGUUAUUUACCUAUUGCCUUAUUACAGGCAAUGGGAUAAACAAAUUUUUCGAAACAUAUUUUUAAUUAGAAGCUCUACAUAAAACAGGCAUAAUGUUAAGCAGUAUCAUGAAACAUGUUUUACAUUGUUGCUUACUGCUCAUUGUUAUUCUUAUAUUUGAAUUUGUCUCUGGGGGAUUACAAUGGAACAUUGAUAAAACAGAACAAUUAGAUCCCUGGGUCAGAUAUGGAUUUUUUGGUGCUUUAAUAUUAUAUCUGUUACGAAGUGUGACUUUUCUUUCACUUCCUCAAGUUCUAUUUAAUUUUGUUGGAUUAACAAUUUAUAAUGCAUUUCCUGAUAAAGUUAUUCUGAAAGGUUCACCACUAUUAGCACCAUUUAUUUGUAUCAGAAUAGUAACACGUGGAGAUUAUCCACAAUUAGUCAAAACUAAUGUAAAUAGAAAUUUAAAUAAAUGUAUAGAAGCAGGCCUUGAGAACUUCCAAAUAGAAGUAGUAAGUGACAAACCAAUAGGGUUGGUAUCUCAUCGUAGAAUUACAGAAAUUGUUGUACCUGCAAAUUAUCGCACAAGUAGUGGUGCUUUGUUUAAAGCACGUGCUUUACAAUACUGCCUUGAAAAUUCAGUAAAUGAAUUAGCUGAUCAUGAUUGGAUUGUACAUUUGGAUGAAGAAACUUUAAUGACAGAAAAUUCUAUUCGUGGAAUAUUAAAUUUUGUAUUGGAUGGGAAACAUCAAUUUGGUCAAGGCCUAAUCACAUAUGCAAAUGAAGAUGUUGUUAAUUGGAUUACAACAUUAGCAGACAGCUUUAGAGUAGCAGAUGAUAUGGGAAAAUUAAGAUUACAAUUUACAAUGUUUCAUAAACCAUUAUUUAGUAUGAAGGGUUCUUAUGUUGUCACUCAGAUGGCAGCAGAAAGAGAAGUUUCAUUUAACAAUGGUUUAGAUGGAUCUGUUGCAGAAGAUUGCUUCUUUGCCAUGAAAGCCUUUUCACAGGGGUAUACGUUUAAUUUUGUAGAUGGAGAAAUGUGGGAAAAAUCACCAUUUACAUUAUGGGAUUUUGUACAACAAAGAAAAAGGUGGCUACAAGGUAUAUUACUAGUGGUCCAUUCCAAAGCAAUUCCAUUGAAAAAAAAAUUGCUACUAGGUAUAUCUUGUUACUCAUGGAUAACAAUGCCCUUAUCUACUUCUAAUAUUAUUUUAGCAUGGCUAUGUCCUAUUAGUUGUUCUCCACUUAUAGAUUUUUUGUGUGCUUUUAUAGGAGCCGUAAAUAUUUAUAUGUAUGUAUUUGGAGUAGUUAAAUCAUUUUCUUUAUAUCGUUUUGGUAUUAUUCAUUUUUUAUUAUGUUUAUGUGGAGCAUUAUCAACUAUUCCUUUUAACUUAAUAAUUGAGAAUGUUGCUGUAAUAUGGGGUUUAUUUGGUAAAAAACAUAAAUUUUAUGUUGUUAACAAAGAGUACAAACCACCUAUAACUGUAUGAUUAGAAGUACUGUGUGCUCAACAACGUAUCAUAUGUGCAUAUAAUCGGUACCUGUAAGUCUAUGAAAAUAGCAAUAUCAAUAUCGAAAAAAUAUCAAUAUAAAUAGACUUACAACAUUGAUAAGUGGAAAAUGUUUGGAACUUAAAAUGUUUAAUUACUUAAAUAAGUAUGUAAAGUUUUACUAGGAAACCAAAUAAUGUAUCUACAUUCAGUUGUAAUCUAAUAAGGUAAUAUUUAUUUAUUAUUUUAAAAAAGUUUUAGUAUUAUUAGUUUAAUAAAUUUUUCAAUAAUAUUGAUCAAAUAAUUAUUAUUGCAUAUUUAUUUUCCAAAGCAUUGUGAAAUAGCAAUAUAAAUAAAGCUUGAA